UUCACACGAAGAAGAGUAAUGCGGAAAUGACGUCACAUGCGCGACUCUCUGCUCCAAGCUAACAUCCGAUCUGCAACACCAAACCAAUUGUUUAAUUCGCUUUUGGCUGCAGUUUCGUCACGUUCGUAUCAACUUCAUGUCUAAUAAAUACAUUUCGGUGGACUUUAAGCUUUCGGCCCGGUCAAAAAUGGCCGUUUGUGAACAGAAAUUUUGAUUUACGUGGUCAACGUCAGCCAGCAGUGACGGUGCCUGGGUCGGCGAGUCAUUAGCGGACCUGGCCGGGGGCUGUUUCCCUUCCUUGCCCCGGUGGUGAUGCUCGUCGUGGAUGCUUGAUGGGGCUCUUCAGGGUCAUGAUGCCGCCCAAGUUGCAGCUUUUGGCCGUGCUGACCUUCGCCGUCACUAUGCUCUUAAUCGAGAACCAGAUCCAAAGACUGGAGGAGUCCAGAGCCAAACUCGAGCGCGCCAUGGCCAGACACGAGCUGUCCGGGGCGGAGCAGCAGCGUCACGGCGAAGACGGCGGUCGCAACCUGUCGGAGGACGCCGCCGACGACACGGUGGUCAUUUACAACCGGGUGCCCAAGACGGCCAGCACGUCCUUCACCAACAUCGCCUACGACCUGUGCGCCAGGAACCGCUUCCACGUGCUGCACAUCAACACCAGCAAGAACAACCCCGUCAUGUCCCUGCAGGACCAGAUGCGUUUUGUUCACAACGUCACCUCGUGGCGAGGAAUGAAGCCCGGCUUCUACCAUGGCCACGUGGCGUACCUGGACUUCUCCAAGUACAGCGUCAAGGGCAAGCCCAUGUACAUCAACGUGGUACGAGACCCCAUCGAGCGCCUGGUGUCCUACUACUACUUCCUGCGCUUUGGAGACGACUACCGGCCGGGCCUGCGGCGGAGGAAGCAAGGCGACAAGAUGACCUUCGACGAGUGCGUGGCGUCCGGUGGCUCCGACUGCGCCCCCGAGAAACUCUGGCUGCAGAUUCCCUUCUUCUGUGGACACCAUUCAGAGUGCUGGAAUGUGGGCAGUCACUGGGCGCUGGAGCAGGCCAAGUACAACCUGGUCAACGAGUACCUGCUGGUGGGCGUGACUGAGGAGCUGGAGGACUUCAUCAUGAUCCUGGAGGCCACGCUGCCGCGCUUCUUCAAGGGCGCCACCGACCUCUACAAGACGGGUAAGAAGUCGCACCUGCGUAAGACCACCGAGAAGAAGCUUCCCACCCGGGAGACGGUGGGCAAACUACAGCAGUCCAAGAUCUGGAAGAUCGAGAACGAGUUCUACGAGUUUGCGCUGGAGCAGUUCCAGUUUGUACGGGCGCACGCCGUCCGGGAGAAGGACGGCGAGCUCAUCGUGCUGCCGCAGAGCUUCUUCUACGAGAAGAUCUACCCCAAAGCCACCUGAACGACGUUGGCGAGGACCAACACGUACAUGCUGGAUUCCACGAUUGUUUACAGGUAAUAGUGUCGGGUUUUAUUAUGGUGGGACAAAACUGGACUGUGAAACGGAAAAACGACUUUAGAGUCGACUAGCACCUUUCAAGCGCCCGCUAAGGAACUGACAAACUCAUCAAAAGUGAUGAGGAUUUGUUUUAUACGCCACAUUUCUCGAGCUUGUUUACAGAAGCGCACCUCAAAGACAGCAGUGGAAAUCUGUACGGACUGCUCUUAACGGACCAAAUAUCAGCGUAGUAAGCUCACGUAGAACCACACGGACGUCCCAAUGGUGAAUUGCACAAAUAUGUACCACGUAGGCAGAAGUAUUGAGACACGGCUCUUUCAUGCAUCAAUGGGGGCACAGGUGUUGCAUCUGUAAGCUGCUGUUGAUGAAAACCAAAACCAUUUGGUGUCUUUCAAUGAGGGAUUUAGGAGAGCUCUUAUGUCUCCACUACAUGAGGUGCGCUGCGUCCCAAUACUUGUGUUUAAGUGUCACGAUGUCAUCACUGGAGAUGGCAGCGUCCAUUUUAGAUCCAUUUUUGAGCGUGACGAUGCAAGUGUUAAGUACAGGGUCGUACAACGGAUAGUGCCUUUUUAAGAGGGUUAUGAUCAUUUAUUAUUAUUACUCUUGUGUUGGCACGCUGAAAUAUCAAUUUUGUUCGUAUUCAUCACGUCCGCUUCCAUUUCAGACAUAAACACCUACCUUGGAA